GCGGCGGCGACAAGUCAAUGGGGGAGGGGGGAAGGGCCAAUGUAUAAUUAACAAAAUAAACCCCAGCCCCCUGCUACCAUGACAAAAGAAACAAUAAAAACACCGUAGCAACACCACAGGGUUUGGGGGUGGGAUAUUUUUGUUUUUGUACACCGUCACUUCAGCUAGUCGCCCGCUCUUAUUUAUAAUAUAUAUAUGUGUUUAUAAGUCUAUGCUCUAUUUAAUGCUAAGUAUGCGCAGGAAUCGGACUCCGGUGGAGUGGGGUUAUGCUGCUGCUGCUUCAGCUGGUUGUUCCGAGGAGCUGCUGCUGCUGCUGCGGGCCUUCGCUGCGGGAGUCGGGAUCUGCCGUGCGGCUCAGUCUCUGAGGGAGGAGGAAGACACCCUGCCAGCGGCGGCACCGUCCUCCGGCUCGCCACUCACCGCUCUCCGCUCGCCACCGCUCUCCUCUUAGCCCCUCUCACCCCCCCCCCCCCCAGGCCGUGCCCGCUGGUUAUGGAGGCAGUGGGCGACUUCGAGUACAACAGGAAAGAUCUCAUAGGACACGGAGCCUUUGCUGUGGUCUUUAAAGGCCGCCACAGGAAGAAAUCCGACUGGGAAGUAGCUGUGAAAUGCAUAAACAAGAAAAAUCUGUCAAAAUCUCAAAUUCUGCUCGGGAAAGAAAUCAAGAUAUUAAAGGAGCUUCAGCAUGAGAACAUCGUUGCACUUUAUGAUGUUCAGGAGACUCCAAACUCUGUUCACUUGGUGAUGGAGUAUUGCAAUGGAGGUGACCUGGCAGAUUAUCUGCAAGCUAAAGGGACACUUAGUGAAGACACCAUUAGAGUCUUUCUUCAGCAGAUUGCAGCUGCUAUGCGAAUACUUCACAACAAAGGAAUAAUCCAUCGGGAUCUGAAACCACAGAAUAUUCUACUAUCUUAUGUCAGCCGGAAAAAAUCUCAUAUGAAUGGAAUUCGUGUCAAAAUAGCUGACUUUGGCUUUGCCCGGUAUUUACAGAGUAAUAUGAUGGCUGCCACUCUUUGUGGGUCCCCCAUGUACAUGGCACCUGAGGUCAUUAUGUCGCAACAUUAUGAUGCCAAGGCAGACCUCUGGAGUAUAGGCACAGUAAUCUUUCAGUGUCUUGUUGGAAGGCCUCCUUUCCAGGCUAACAGCCCACAAGAUUUAAGGCUCUUCUAUGAAAAGAACAAGACUUUAGUGCCCAACAUCCCGAGCGAAACUUCCAGUCACCUGGGUGGCCUAUUGCUUGGCUUGCUUCAGAGAAACCAGAAAGACCGAAUGGAUUUUGAAACAUUCUUUAACCAUCCUUUCAUGGAUCAAACAUUGUCAGUCAAAAAAUCAUGCCCUGUGCCUGUACCCACGUGCCCUGGUUCUGUUUCUGGUAGUUCUUGUGGCAGCUCUCCAUCUUGUCAUUUUGCCUCUCCUCCUUCGUUACCAGAUAUGCAACGUAUACAGGAAGAUGCUCUGUCUUCUCCUCCUCUGGGUCCGCCUAAUUAUCUGCAGGUUUCUAAAGACUCUGCCAGCAGUGGCAGUAAGAACUCUUCAUGUGACACAGAUGACUUUGUUCUUGUUCCACAUAGCAUCUCCUCAGAUCAGUCAUAUGACAUGCCACUGGGGACACUUGGCAGGCGAACUUCCAGUGAAUUUCUGAUGUGUGGAGGGCAGUCACCUUUAACAUCUUCUGGGGGCUCAGCUGCUCUACAAAGACCUUCCUCCGCCUCAUCCAGGUCAAGCUCUUCUAGCUCAGCCAACAGGCCGUGUCCACCUCCAGUGUCGCCUCGCACUGAGUCAGCUCCGAUUCCAGUCCCUACUCAGAUUCGAAACUAUCAGCGGAUUGAGCAGAACCUGCAUGUAACGUCCAGCCACAACACCAACCCCUAUGGGUCACCCAGAUCUGGAAUGGUGAAGAGGUCGAACACAAGCCCAGUAGGUUUUGUGAAACCAACAUCUGGAUCACCAGCUGCUGCAGAUGCACCCCAAAAUCCAGGCCGCAGGCUCUCCACUGGAUCCUCCCGGCCUUACUCGCCUUCACCUUUGGUUGGAACUAUCCCUGAACAGCUUAGUCAUUGCUGUUGUGGCUUGCCUCAGGGACAUGAGUCAAGAUCGAGGACACCAUCAGGCUCACCUUCUCCUCAAUCCCACUUAUUGGGUGCCAGACUCCAGAGUGCUCCAACUCUUACUGACAUCUACCAGAGCAAACAGAAACUACGUAAGCAGCACUCGGACCCAGUCUGUCCUUCAUCAGCAGGGUAUGGAUGUAGCCACUCUCCACAGCCUAGCAGACCAGUUAGCCUUGGGACUUCCCCAACAAAGCACAUGGGAACGUCUCCACGGAGUUCAGAUUGGCUGCAUAAAACCCCACUACCCACCAUCAUUGGAUCACCAACAAAGACCACUGCUCCUCUCAAGCUGCCUAAAACUCAAGCAUCUUCCAAUUUGCUUGCCUUGGCUGCACAGCAGGGAUUAACUGAGAGUCCACCAAUGCAGUCGAAAGCCGUGUUGGAGGCUAGGGAAUUCUGCACCUAUCAUUAUCCACAAGGAAAUGCUAAGUGUACAGCUUCUGAGGAGAACAAAACUACUUUUGGCAGAUCUGUAAGUACAGGAAGAUUGUCAGAUCAGGUAAUAAAGACCACAUUUGGAGGACAGACAUAUCAAGGCAGCACAGACAGCCUCAAUACGGAACGUCCAAUGGACACAGCUCCAGCAGGUGCUUCUGGUUUGACAAUGGGUUCCCCUGCCAUGGUGAUAGGAGUGAGCCCAAGGACUGUGGUGUUCACUGUAGGUUCACCACCAAGUAGUGUCACCCCUCCCCAUAGCAGUCACAUGGUCACCAGAACAAGAACAAUGUCAGUUGGCUCAAACAGUCCACUAGGAUCUCUCUGCUCCAACAGCGGAAGAAUUUGCAUGGGCUCUCCACCAGGUGCUUACAUGGGUACCUCACCUCCUGGAGCCGAAGGUCCUUCCAGUUUGAAGUACGUGACGUUUGGUACCUCGCCUCCUAGCUUAGAAGGAUUUAUCACAUUCGAAGCUCCAGAAUUGCCAGAAGAGACCUUAAUGGAGAGAGAACAUACAGAUACCUUGCGACACCUGAACACAAUGUUGACGUUUGCAGAAUGCAUCAUGGAUAUUGCAGUGGUGAAAGGAGGCAGUGUGGACCUAGGCACCUCUGCUGCCUCUCUCUACCAAAUCCAGGAGAGUGUUGUGGUUGAUCAGAUUAGUCGUCUCAGCAAGGAGUGGGGACAAGUGGAGCAACUUGUACUAUACAUGAAAGGAGCUCAGCUGUUGGCAUCUUCUUUGCAUCUUGCAAAAGACCAGGUUAAGUCAGGCAAGCUGAACCCAUCUACAGCAGUUAAGCAAGUUGUUAAAAAUAUGAAUGAUCGAUACAAGUGCUGCAUCUCCUUUUGCAAAAAGCUUACUGAAAAACUGAAUCGUUUCUUCUCCGAUAAGCAGAGAUUUGUGGAUGAAAUCAACAGUGUUACUGCAGAGAAGCUCAUCUACAGCUAUGCGGUGGAAAUGGUGCAAUCAGCUGCACUCGACGAAAUGUUCCAGCAAACAGAGGACAUCACAUAUCGGUACCACAAAGCAGCGUUAUUAUUGGAAGGCUUGACAAAGACUCUGCAAGAUCCUGCUGAUAUUGACAACAUCCACAAAUACAAGACCAGCAUUGAACGCAGACUGUCUGCACUGUGCCAUGGCACAGUGGCCCUAUAUGAAAACUAGCCUUCUGAAAUGGACCACUCACAACAGAGCAGGGACCACCACCUUUCCUGGAUCACGCUCAGUCUUGGAGAUGCCUUUCCCCUUUUUGUUUUAAUGUUUACUUCCCCCCAUCUCUAUUGUGGAAAACUGUUCAUACUGAGGCUGUUAGUUUUCACCGCCAGUACCAACCCACGUAACGAGGAACGUUUGAUUUUUGUUUUGAAGAGUUACCAAAGAGGAGUUCUUGUUUCAAAGGAAAGGAAAUUUAUGUAUAAAUAUAGAUUAAUACUUCUGGAAAACCCUCUCAACGAUGUAGCAUUUUCUUUCAUUUCAUUUUAUCUCAGAGGUGAAGUAUGAGGCAGAUUCACUACUUUUGGCUUCAAAAGCCACCUAUAUCACUGGAGAGCAUUAAUAUAUGAAUGGGAGUCAAACUGAAGCUCGUCUGUUUUUGUGACAGGACUCCUGGGUACUUGGAAACUGAUUCAGAAACAUUUUGCUCCAUCUGAAUAACUUGUGUAUAAACAGUACUGUGCUGUGGCAAAUUGGCAAGUUGUCUUUCUCCAAGUGAAACUUUUACGGUCAUUUUUAAACACUAAUGAUGUGAUAAAUGAGCCACAGUUAUUUACAGUAGUUUUAAGUUUUACCAGGCAGUCAAAGGCAUGAAAUGCCUUCCAUCUUCUGCUACAUCAUAUACAUGUCAACCCAUGGAAACUGACCAUCAAGGAGGAGUUAAGCACUUUAUGUGGAUAGGAAGUUGACAGCAAGACAUGAGGGGAUGGCUGCAGCUCACCUCUAUGCUUGUAAACCUGACAUCACUUUGGAUGGGCAAAGAGAGGGGAUUUUCUUGUUUAUUUUUCUUCUUUUUUCCUCGAAGCUCCUGAGACAGGAACUAUUGAAACCACAAAGACUGCUCCAACAGACAACCACUUCUGAUUGCACUAUCACAGUUCUUUGAACAUCUUUAAUGUUAUGCAGAACUCCUUGUAAAAUGACACAGCUUAAAAGCUGUACUGAAGAAAUAGGAAAUAAAGAAUACUAUCCUAGUAGGUUAGGCUCCAACGCAUUCAACGAAACAAAUUUUAAAUGUGUUUUGGAGCAAGAAGCACAAAGUGCUUGACACUUUAACUAAAAAGACUGCAAAAAAAAAGCGUGUGUUAAUUACAAGCCUUUCCAUUUUUUCUACUUAUUAAAUACUUGAGUAGUUCAUAUAGAGCAACUGUCUGUAUAUAAUGAAACUAGUAUUUUUUUUCUCUUUCUGCCAGUGAUUGACUUUUAAACAAUAUUUUUUGGCUGGCUUUGUGCAUGUAUUCAGUGUGAUUGUGCCACUGAACUGACCUGAUAAUAUUGCUAACAACGCUGUUUGUUCAGACAGUAUUAUGGAGUUAACGCAUUCUUCCUGUAGACUGACAACCUGUCGUGCAGACUAAUGUAACAAUUGGUAUUUUCAGGGGUGGAAAAAACACAUUAUCAGGACUCCGGGAACCAGAUUACAAAACAAUGUGGACCUUUUUGAAUCCCAGGUUUUGCUUCUAGAGAGUAGUUUUGUCACUCGUGUGAACUAUAGAAUUUGAAGUUCUUUUCCAAACCUGUGUACAUCUUGCAUGUAGGUGUGCAUUCACCUAAACAAAGUGAACAAGCACAAUUGUUCCAUUUUUCUAUCAUACAUAAUCAGAUGAACAAUUCUGGCUUGGCAAUAGGCAUCCCACAGUCUGGUGAAGGGUUGCAAUUAAGCUGGCACUAACAAUGGCACUUGAAUUUAAAAGGAUAUUUGAUUAGAAAUUUUAUUUUUGUAAUUUUAAAAUGAAAUAAAAGCAGGUGGUAACUCUAGUAUAAGGGAUGACAUCUAUGUGGUACGCUAAUGAGACACAGUAUGCAUCAUUACAGGAAAUGAUGCAAUGUCACAUGAUCUUGUUCUCAUGCAGUCUUGUGGCAAGAUGAAGCUUCCUUUAAUGCUUCUUAAAUAAAGUUACUGUUUUCCUUA